AUGAUUGCCAUUAAGGUUGCAAGGCCAUUCCUUUUACAAGGCCUUCAAUCUUUCUACCGCUUUUCAACUGCCCUACCUUCAACGAGCGCAAGUUACGCAACUACAACAAUCAAUAGACCCUGGAAAUCAAAUAGCGAGUUUUCCGCCCGAGUACCAACAGACCAAGUCAUUCCAUUCCAUGUGCUGGACGAUGGGUAUGUCAACCGCAAUGUCGUCAUGGAGGCUAGUUAUCGUUUUGACGAUGUGCUCGACGUCGAUCGACUCCGAUUGGCCUUGCACCGUCUGAUGCAGCGAGACGGUUGGAAAAAGCUCGGCGCCAGGAUCCGCCAGAAUGCAAGUUCUCAAAGCGGCAAACAAAAGAGGCUUGAAUACAUUCUCCCUCGUGAAUAUGACGACAAACGACCGCCUUUUCUGUGGUCGCAUGAAAAGUUCAAGCAGAACAUAGCUGAACAUCCCAAAGCUUCACAGCUUCCGAGAGCAAGUCAGACGCCAAAGAUUCAUGAGAAUCCGCAUCUUAUGCAGUCAUUUUUGCACCAUCCAGGCCGUCCGAGAAAGCUUGCAGAUUGGCUUAAGAGCGAUAGUCCUCCAUUGUCGUUCAAAACUUUAUCUUUCCAAGAUGCCACUAUCCUUUCUGUCAGCUGGCCUCAUUGUGUAUUUGAUGGUAUAGGAAGAGCGGCAUUCAUGAACGCAUGGCUUGCUGAGCUGAACGGCCUCGCAAUUCCAGAGUUCAUCGGCUUUGAUCAUGAUCCUAUGAGUCCACUGAUCGGAGAAGUUCCUGGAGAACGAUACCUUCUGAGACAUCAACUGCUGACUGGCUCGCGACUUCUUUUCUUCGUGCUCAGGACGAUAUUUGACCUCAUACUGCAGCCAAAAUCUGAGCCUCGAAUCCUUCAGAUCCCAGAUCGAUUCUUGCAGAAACUGAGGCAAGAAGCUCUUACGGACUUGAAUAAGGGGUACACCGGAGAAGAUGCUAUAUUCGUGAGUAAUGGGGAUGUUCUGUUAGCCUGGUGGGCACGCACAGUACUGUCCUCACAGAACUUGGCUGUUUCUCGCCCUGUCGCAAUCGGGACCGCACUGAACCUAAGAAAAGCUCUGAAAAAGGAUCUUCCAAGUGGCACUUUUAUAGGAAAUGCUGUUAGUACUGUUUUCGCGUUCCUGACAGCCCAUGAACUCGCGACAAUACCGUUGGGCAGCAUUGCGCUUCGAAUUCGGCGAGCUAUCGAACAGCAGCGUACCACUGAGCAAGUAAAAGCACAGUUGACUUUGAUGGAAUUCUAUGGCCGCCAGCCGCUUGCAGGGCCGUGGAACAUGUUGCCGCUUGUUCUUUCUCAGUCGAAUAGUCUUGGUUUUUUCGAUCUCGACUUUUCGUGUGCUGUUGUUCGGCAAGGGCUUCCUGAUAAUAGAAGGAGAAAUGAGGUAGGAAGACCAUCGUAUAUUCACUUGACUCAUCAGUUGAACGGUGUACCUGGAAGAAAUGCAGGAAGUGUCUUGGGCAAAGAUGCAGCCGGAAACUGGUGGAUUUAUUUCGACCUUCCUGUUACAGCUUGGAAGGGCGUGUACAAGAAGCUAAAAGCACUAGACAGCUAG